AUGACCGAGUCACCUGCUGCAAGCCCUGCGACCGCUGUUAGCACAGCGCCCACCGGGGUGCCAACGCAGCAGGAAGAAGCUGAAGAAAAGUCCUCUCUGGAUGAAGAUGGUGGAGCCGUGGAUAAAAAGUUCAUCGAACUCGAACAACAGGGAAUUAUCUCUCCUGUGCAGCAUAGUGAAUGGGCUGCGCCGCUAGUGUGCAUUCCGAAAAAAGAUGGAUCAGUGCGCAUUUGCGGAGAUUAUAAGGUGACGGUAAAUCAGUGGCUUGGUGUAGAUCAGUACCCACUUCCAAAACCGCAGGAUUUAUUCUCCACUUUAGCAGGUGGAAAGCAUUUCACUAAACUUGACUUGACGCAGGCCUACACUCAGCUCGACAUGGAUGAGAAAAGUAAGCCGUUUGUCACCAUCAAUACACACAGAGGUCUCUAUGUAUGCAACCGCUUGCCACAUGGGGUCGCUAGCGCGCCCGCUAUUUUCCAGCGCAGUAUGGAUGAAGUAUUACAAGGGCUUGAUGGCGUGGUAUGCUACUUAGACGAUAUUUUGAUAACAGGAACAGAUACCACCGCACAUCUGCGUAAUCUUAAACAAGUGUUACAGAGACUAGAAGAACAUGGGUUUAGGCUUAACAAAGAGAAAUGCGCCUUCUUUCAGAACAGUGUGGCCUACCUUGGGCAUGUAAUUGAUGCCCAGGGUGUGCGCCCAAUUAAAGAGAAAACUGAGGCUAUUGACAAAGCUCCUGUGCCAAAAAAUGUGACAGAAUUGAGGUUGUACUUAGGCAUGCUCAAUUACUAUGGCAAA